GCACCUGAAGUCCUUAAAGAGCUUGAUCAUGGUAAACCUGUAGAUAUGUGGGCUAUAGGUGUAAUCACUUACUUUUUACUAUGUGGUAACAUUCCUUUUGGGGAUGGUGAAUUGAUGGCAAUAAUUCAGGCUGAUUAUAGAUUCGAGCCUCAAGAAUGCUGGGAAAGAAUAUCUGAAAGAGCAAAAGAUUUUAUUAGCAAAUUAUUAAAUGUUGAUCCCGAUAGCCGUUUUACUGCUCAUCAAGCACUUAAUCAUUCCUGGCUUUGCCUAAUCAAAUUGGUGAUCCACCUCGUCGCUUUAAUGCUCGUAGAAUUUUCAAAAAAGCUGUCAAUACUAUUAGAGUAA